UUGUUGCCAGCACAGCCGUAAUCUCUUCCGCGUAUGUCUUUGACGCCUUCUCUGUGUUCCGUCAACACCGCCCGCGCAGUCUCUGUUGAUUGCCCUCUGCCGACCUUGCGCUGCUUGCUUCGCUCUCUCUUUUCUAUUAUUUUAUUGCAGCCAGCAUAGUAUUAAUGCUGAAAGCAACAACAGCCCUCUCUCCAUCGGCAUCCUCCGCUGCCCAUCUGUCUGCGGAGUCUUUGCCACCACCACCCUCCACCGGACCAACUCAUACAGUGGCCUUCCACCCCCGUAACGGGUACCCCAACAGAGGUCUACAGGGCACACACAGCCGACGGACUUAGUGCCUGCGUGUCUUGCUAAACCAACAGCCUCAGCCUGCGUUUUACCCCCUCGCGCGCCGCAGCUUUCUUGUUGAACUGUUUUUCUUCGCUUCGUUUGCCCGGCUGGAUGCAAGUUAGCUGCCUCUUGGCGCACCAUGCCGGGCUCUUUUGCCCCUACAGGGAUUGAUAUCCUUUGCGAUGCUGCUCACUCCGAACGUGCCAUGUCCACAUCCACUAACGGCGAUGCUCGUCCGCCUACCGCCCAACACAACCACCACCACGGCAGCCACAGCAACAGCCACCACGUCAAGAAAUCCGACUCCAUCUCCUCUAUAGCUUCAACCGCAACCCAGAUCGCGGCCAGAAAGGCUGUGGCGGCUACCACCGGUGGCCCUGUGGUGCCAGCAAAGCGCAAACCGUCGCCGUCGGGUUCCUCUCACGUCUGUCCCAUUUGCCAGAGAGUCUACGAGCGAGCCGAUCACCUUUCCCGCCAUUUGCGAUCUCACGUAAACGCCCGCCAGUACGAAUGCACACGAUGCCCCAAGAGAUUCAACAGAGCCGACUUACUUUCACGCCAUGAGGCCACCCACGAUCGCGAGUCCAGCCGCCGGGGCCGUUCGUCGCAUCGUCGCGGAGACCGGGCCACCGAGGCCUGCCACAACUGUGCUGCUUCCAAGGCCAAGUGCGACGAUGUCAAGCCCUGCUCUCGCUGCGUUAGCAAGGAUAUUGUCUGCGAAAGUACUUCCCGUCGUGCUGAACCACGCCGGAGCUUGGAAAACGGCUCUGCAACACCAAUGUCCGACGUAUCUCCGGCCCGCUCCGUCGUCAGCGGCGAGUACCCCCAAGGCCAAAAUUACGUCUCAGAACAGUCUUCGCGGUACAGUGGCGCCGUUUCUGAUUCACAUAGGCUGGGUCGAUUUGCUGAAGACCAGAGUAACCGCUCGCUGCCGCUGCGGCACCCCGAAGAUCUAGAAGACCCUUUGGAUAAGCUGCUCUUUGAAACCCAAAGAGUUCCCUUCCGUGACCAGCCGCUCAAGUGGCCAACACGCCUGGACCGUUUGAUGUUACCCAAAUGGAAUAGCCAUGGAAGAUCAAGCCCCAGCAAUAGAAGCUAUACUACGUCUGAGGGCCAUACUAAUGGCAGAGGCUCAUCCUCAGGCUCGACAAACGGCCCUUAUAAGCCCAACGGCAUAAGCAUGCUGCUCGGCCCGGAUACCACCUUUCAGCCACCCAUGGUUCGCGCCAACGAGCCUGCAAAGAUUCACUAUCUCGUAUUGACAUCGUGCGAACGUGACGCCGUCUACGCUCUCUUUUUGGAACGCCAACAAGGACGCGUCAAAGGCUUUCCGUCGUUGGAGACUCUCAAUGAGCUUCUUCGCGAAGGAGCACAUAGUACAGCCAGUGGCGUACGCAACUUGCUGCACAUGCCCUCGUUGCAUGCCUCCACAACGUCGACAGAGUUGGUAGCUGCCCUAAUUGCCAACUCGGCCAAUUCAUAUGUCGACCCAGAAGUGCACAAGUUUGGCCACAUGCUUGCAAAAGCUGUCGCCGCCGAGAUACUGCACAAGCUCUCUUCCAGUGGCCCAAGCUCCAUCGACCUAGAGGCUGCCCAGGCUGCUGUUCUCUGUGUAGAGAUUUGCUUCUGGAGCGGCUCACAACGCGAAAUGGAGCAGGCGGAAACUAUCACGAAUCUUCUCAUCCAUAAACUCCGACGUGCUGGAAAGCUAUCAUUUAGCACCGAUCCGCUUGACGCAUUUCCAUUACCGACUGACCUGCCGCCUGUGGUGGAAACAAAGUGGCAGCACUCUGUGCGCCGCGAAUUAUACAAAAGGCUGGUGCUCCGACUCUACGCUCUCGACGUUCAAGCCUCAAUCAUUGCUACCAAUGCACCAUCCAUUCCCUUUAGGGAUCUCACAUUUAGCCUGCCGACAUCACGGGAGCUAUGGGAGGCUGACAGCGCACCAUCAUGGCGCAAAACAGCUCUUGCAUCACCGCUGCGGCCGCGCCGGUUGCCUCGAGUAUCAGAUAUCAUGGAAGGGCUUGGGCUCGCCUCGCGGCGAGAGGUUGAUCCGCAUGAUGAAGACCUCAGCACCUGGGCUAUGCUUAAUGGUUGGUACGGCUUGGUAAUUUCGUACAGGGAAACACUUCGCAGCCAUUAUCCUGGAGCCCGCGGUCUGGCAAACUCGUGGGACUCCAACCAUGCGCCAGUAUCGAUCCAGUCUCAAUAUACCGAUCUCUACCGCGAUCUGAGCAGCUUUUCGCGGUAUAUGAAUGGACCCGAGGGCGGCAUUGAGCUCCUCUUACAAGUGGAGCUUUUGCAAAUGCUACUGCACGUACCGUCCGACGAACUGCAAGAUGCUGCAGGUCGAAGCGGUGCAGAACCCAUUGACCGUGCGAUGAAGCAGAUUCAGGUUGAAUGGAGGGACACCAAGGUGGCUAGGGCAGCGCUGCGGCAUGCCGGCCAAGUUUUGCGAUAUGCAAAAGAACUGCCGCCUUGUAGGCUGACCGACUUCCGCGCCAUGACUGUCUACUUUGCUGGCCUAACUAUGUGGUUGUAUACGCUGCUCAUCGGGCCUAUCCAGGUUGGUGGGUUGCGUACCAACGGCUCAAGCCCAGCAGAGCACUCUGGGAUUGUCUACAUGGACGGUGACGACGAGUUUGGGAUCAAGGGAUUCAUUGAAAAGGACGGAACGCCAGCUGUGCGGUGGGAGAGUAGCGCCGGGUCCGAGCUACACCACGGACAGGUACACAUUCUAGAUGUUGUACGCGGCGUUUUGCGCAACAGCUUCUCCAAGGAGGGCGGUCUGGUGCCGCCUCUUGUUGAGUCGCUCGACACGUUUCUUAUGCAGGUGAAGCUGGAGCACCACGCGCGGCAUUCGAGCCGGCAUGAUGGCCAGUAUGAUGGACGGCGCAAUAGCAGCCACUAGUAUGCCAUAGACUUAUUGAGAGGGAAAAGAUAACCAAUCACAGGAGCAUAGAAGCCUGCAUGGGCGGCAUUAUGGGGUUGCUGUACAGUAUACGACGUUUUUACCUACACUUUUUCAUGCAUAUGCUUUUCCUGUAUGGGGGUUUCCUGUGUUAUGGACUACCCCAUCGGGCGUGCCUUGGUAGAUCGACAGGAGGAAAAAAAAAGACCCAUUGUGGUGUAAACCGGGUUAUAGGAACCAAAAACUUGGCUGUCGUGGCUGCAGAAUCUUGAUGUUGUCAUAGCCGAUUUGGCAUGAGCCGUGUCGCGAAUGGCCACCUUUGCCAAUUGAUGGAAUUAAAUAAUUUUGAAAAUUCACACCAUCUUUACGCUAUCAUAAUAGACCAACUACGGAUUAUAUAAUUAAUCCGCAUCUUCAGCGCCUCGUUUAUAUGCGCAGAACCCCGAAGUCAUAUAGCCGUUUGCUGUGACAUCAUACAAAAAAGACCCCACCCUCGUUGAGCUUCCUUGUCCCCGCCGUGCCCCCCAUCGCGAUCCCUAAGCUGUGAAAAUAAUUACCCCUCCCAACCCUUGUUGUUUCUUCUUCUUCUUUCUCUUCUACUCCUAUAACACAUAAGUUUUAUUUAAUUCUUUUAAACAAAACCCCCCAAAAUCAUCACAAUGUCUGCCAUGGAAGCCACCUCUGGCCACAGCGCCGCCUGCUGCAACCUCGCCCCCAUUGUCAGCGAGGGCUACGAGGCCAAGGGCACCUACGAGACCAUUGGCGACUACAAGACGUACGUCACGGGCCCCGAGGACGCCGAGCACGCCAUCAUUGUCGUCUACGACAUCUUUGGCUACUUUGACCAGACCAUCCAGGGCGCCGACCUGCUCGCCUACGGCGACGACAAGCACAAGUACCGCGUCUACAUGCCCGACUGGUUCAAGGGCAACCCGGCCAAGAUUGACUGGUACCCUCCUACCGACGAUGCCAAGAAGAGCAACUUGACGGCCUUCUUUGGCAACAACCCACCCCAGGGCGUUGCGGAUGCUCUGCCUCUGUAUGCCAAUGCUAUUAAGACGGCUUCCCCCCAGAUUAACCGCUUUGCUAUCCUUGGUCUCUGCUGGGGCGGCAAGGUCGUCUCCCUCGUCGCCAACCAGCUCACCAACCCCUUCAGUGUUCUGGCCGCCGUCCACCCCGCCAUGAUCGACCCCAAGGACGCCGAGGGCAUCACUGUGCCCAUGAUCCUGCUGGCUUCGGGCGACGAGCCUGCCGAGGACGUCAAGAAGUUUGAGGAGGCCCUUACUGGAACCAAGCACGUCGAGCGCUUCGACGACCAGAUCCACGGAUGGAUGGGCGCCCGCUCGGACUUGUCUGAUGAUAGAGUCAAGGCCGAGUACGAGCGUGGCUACUCGACCCUGCUCAAGUUCUUUGCUGAUAACUUGUAAAGAAGACAUUCACAAAAGGUAACGACAGUAUGGUAAUAUAAAAUAAAAAUAGUGAUCAUCAUCUAA